GCUUCUUCAACAGCGACAAAAGGGUACUGAUUUGACCGUAGCUUGCUAGCGAACAUAACACCGAAACAUUGAAGCUCUUUAGACCAAUCUUGUGUAUUUAAUCUUAGUGUUUAGCACAUAAUGUUUACGUGUCUACUAGUUCAUUUAAACGUAAUUUGCUUGUUAAAUUAUCAAAUGUGGUAAAUUGAUACUGCACUAGGUUAAUCGCCCGGAGCUUGAGCUCACUAAACUAGACGGAGAAAGAAGCUCUGGUGAAAGGAGAGGAAGAAGCUUUCAGAAUGAAAAAGGAGGAAGAGGAGGCUAUCACAUUGAAAGAAGAAGAGGAUGAUAUUACAGCGAAAGAGGAAGAUGGGAAAGAGGUUGUCAGAGUGGAAGAGGAGAAGGUAAAAACUUUCAGAAUCAAAAAGGAGGAAGAUGCCAUAACAUUGAAAGAAGAGGAAGAACCUUUUGGAGUAAAAGAGGAAGAGGAGGCUAUCUCAAUAAAAGAGAAGCAGGAAGACAUUUUGGGAGUGAAAAAGGAGGAGGAGGAGACUGAAGAGCCGAUUAACACCAGAGGGAGACAUGACUAUCAUGGAUCCUCUGGGGAGCCUCAACAACAUCCUGAUGCUGGCGAGGCAGAGAAGAGUCUCUCCAGAUCAGAACACCAGAUGGACAACGCUAGCCCUUCCUCCCUCCCAGAGUCCCCGUGUCGUACCUCUCCCAGUAGCACCUUACUGCUGGGUCUGAAGAGGUUGUCUGUGCGGCUGGUGGACUGCAGGAAAACAACGGGGCUGAGUGGAACUGUGAGAGGAGGAGAAGAGAAGAAAGGAGCAGAUUUGACUCAUCAAAGAGGGAGACAUUACUAUCAUGGAUCCUCUGGGGAGCCUCAACAACAUCCUGAUACUGACGAGGCAGAGAAGAGUCUCUCCAGACGUCAGAACCCCUGA